AUGGCCGAGAGCGGCGCUUGGCUGCUGGUGCUCAGCGCCGUGUUCCUCUGCAACGCGCUCAAGAUCGUCCUGCCCUCCUGCUCCUCCAUCAUAUCCAGGUUGCUACAAAAGGAUGCAGAGCAGGAAUCCCAGAUGAGAGCUGAAAUUCAGACAAUGAAGCAAGAACUCGCCACCAUUAGUAUGAUGGAUGAGUUUGCCAGAUAUGCCAGGCUUGAAAGGAAGAUUAACAAAAUGACUGACAAGCUGAAAACUCAUGUGAAAGCAAGAACUGCCCAAUUAGCCAAAAUAAAGUGGGUUAUAAAUAUUGUGUUCUACAUCUUACAGGCUGCCUUGAUGAUCUCUCUGAUUUGGAAAUACUAUUCUGAGCCAGUCACAGUGCUUCCAAGCAAGUGGCUGGCUCCACUGGAGCGCUUGAUGGCCUUCCCUACAGGAGUAGCAGGUGGUGUUGGAAUUACAUGCUGGCUGGUGGUUUGCAAUAAAGUUGUAGCUAUCAUGCUACACCCUUUCAGCUGAAGGAAUCCCAGUAAUCCAUGAAGGCUUCAACU